AUGUCGUGGUUUAGACGCAGCAGCUCACAACCGCAGCAAGUGACGGACUUGGAGCGCGAGAGAGAAGCCCAGAGGGAGCUCAAACAUGCUUUCAAGUCGCAAGCGCUGAGGCUCGGGGACGCCCUGAGGGAAUGCCAGGAGCUUGUCACGCACCAGCGGAGAGCUUCGAGUUUUAAGCCUCUCGAUUUGCAGCAAGAGCAGCAGCAAGAGCCGCAGCAGCCGGAGAGAACUUUCGAGCGGCUCCAGUUGCUGCAGUGCGAAGCCGAGCAAAAUGGAUGGGCCUGUUCAAGCUCAGAGGUAGAAAACGAAAAUAGGGAGACUUGUUUACCAGUUGAGUUUGGUCCUCAGGUGGAGCUCAAAGAUCCGCUUGGGAAAGGGACGAGCUCCGUUACAGUCCGCGGCAUCUGGCACGGUCUGGACGUGGCAGUCAAAUGCAUCCAGCCUCAUUCUUUCCAAGAUACGCACGCGUGGAUCGUCACCGAAUACUUUCCACUCACUUUGACGGAAUGGCUGCAUGGUGAUAAGAAGCGUCGCAAGCAAAGAAGCCAUCCUCUUCCUCCCCUGCGUUCUCGCUUGCGUGUGGCACUGGAAGUCGCUCUUGGAAUGCAGUACCUUCACGAACUUAAACCUCGGGUUGUCCAUCGCGACUUGAAGCCCAGCAACAUAUUUCUCGAUGACGGCCUUCACGCUCGAGUUGCGGACUUGGGUUUUGGGCGUUUUCUGCAGGACGAUGAGAAGUCACUCACUGGAGAGACUGGUAAAAGCUUUCCCUUUCAGGUCCCGUCGUUACCGUUUUAUCCAGGAACAUAUAUUUAUAUGGCACCGGAAGUCAUUCGUCACGAGCCGUAUGAUGGAAGCUCUGCUUACGUUGUUUUCGUUUGUAGUUUCGGUGUGAUUCUAUGCGAGCUUGCGACAGGAGAACCACCUUACGUAGAAUUGUCCUCGGGGCCUCUGCAGAUAGCUCUUUCUGUGGCCUACGAAGAUCUUCGGCCCGCCCUUCCAAGCAACAGUACCGAGAAAUUUCUGCCGGAGCUGAUCGAAGCUGCUUGGCAUAAGAAAGCGGAUCAACGGCCCACCUUUGCAGAGAUUGUCUGGAGACUACGAAGGCUGUUGAUUCCCGUCGGUGGCGGCUGUUGCCCAGGUACUUCGUCUUUAAAGUAAGACGUAGAAAGUCAAGACGUGGAAUCGUCUUGAAGCAUAUCCAGAUAUGCUCGAUACAGUCUAGAGCGAUGUGCUCUAGACUAUCAUUUUCUCUAGAGUUCCCAAU